AUGUCUACGAGCCAGGUGUGUAGCACCGCUUCGCAUGCUUCCUCUCCUCUGACUCAGUACAAGGCAUGUGGUAACAAUACCAAUGCUACCCUGUUCCUUCGCGCCUACAGUGUAAACGCGACGGACCACUUCUAUACCACUGACCAUAUCGAAAUGGAGGCUGAAGUUGACACCGGCGGUUAUACAUCUCAGGGCAACGCCGGCUGGGUCUUCACGACCGAGGUGGGGGCGACGAUUCCGCUAUACCGCCUGUACAACUUGGAGCACACCGAUCACUUCUACACAACCAACGCGACGGAGAUGGCCACCGUCGUAUCCCAAUCCGGAUAUGUCUUCCAGGAGAUCGCCGCAUAUGUCUAUGCCACGCAGAUCUGCAACAGCAUCCCCCUGUACCGCCUCGACAAUUCGCUGGUCACGGACCACUUCUAUACCAUUAAUGCGACCGAGAUGAAUGUUGCGGCGACCACGGAGGGAUAUGUAGAGGAGGGAAUUCAGUGCUAUGUGUUGCCCAACGCAUUGGCCGAGUCCACGCAAACGACCGCACAAACGAUCACACAAACGAUCACGCAGACUGCGACUCCGGGUGUUCCUAUACCAAAAUCAACUGUGGAUGUGGCAAUCAUCGUCGCUCCGAUUGCUGCAGUAGUCGUAGUCUCCGUAUUGCUCGUCAUUUUCAUCUACGUCUGGUUCCGCCGGCGCGAACGGGAAAUACGCGCCACGUUGGAGGCUCGCGGAGAAGAUGGCUCAGUGUCGUCGGCGUCGCUACUGCCUACGAGCAACUUAGUCGACGCGGAACCUCAAGCAGAGAUACUGGUAGUAGGCGCAGAUGUGCCCGGGGAGAGCGCUCUGGACGUCGAACCGACGCCGCAAGUACAUUCAGUAGAGCCAGAGGGUGAUGAUGACACGCAUCAGAGUCACAGCGUGUCAGGUUCACAACCCCCACCGUACAGUCAGUCGGAUGAAGAGCAUAGAUCCCUAGACAGACAAGGCAUUUCUGGCGUGUGCAUACUAGCCUGGGGACGGAACGAGGGUGGCGGGGAACGCAGACAAACUUUCUGGAUCGCGGCUGAAACAACGGGCAAAGACAAGAGCUCCUCAGUGGGGUAG